AUGUCUGAGUCAACUCCCGCGAGUGCGCCAAAGCCGAGCAGUAGUGUCAAACUGGUACUUCUGGGAGAAGCCGCUGUAGGAAAGUCCUCGCUGGUGCUGCGAUUCGUCAACAAUGACUUCCAGGAGAACAAGGAGCCCACAAUUGGAGCUGCCUUCCUGACUCAGAAGUGCUCGCUUCCCACCCGAACAAUCAAGUUUGAGAUCUGGGAUACCGCCGGUCAGGAGCGCUUUGCUUCGCUCGCCCCCAUGUACUACCGUAACGCCCAGGCGGCGCUCGUGGUCUACGAUGUGACCAAGCCCUCUUCUCUGACAAAGGCCAAGCAUUGGGUGGCGGAACUGCAGCGACAAGCCAGUCCUGGCAUUGUUAUUGCUCUGGUAGGCAACAAGCUGGAUUUGACGAAUGAUGGCGGCGAGACACCCGCCGAGGCUGAGCGAGAAGCCACGGAGGGAGACGAUGCUGGCGAGAACCAGGAAGAGCACGAGGAUAACACGCCUGGUGAUGCUCGAAAGGUGCCGACGCGGGAGGCCAGUACGUAUGCGGACGAGGAGGGACUUCUCUUCUUCGAGACCAGCGCCAAGACCGGGUUGAAUGUGACGGACGUCUUUACUGCGAUUGCCAAUGCCAUUCCAGAGAGCAGUCUGAAGAGUGGACGAGGCGCUGGCGCAGGCACCGGGCAGACUACUAUUGGGGGUGGCGGUCGAUCGACCGACGACUCACGAGUCAACCUUGGGGAUCGCGGUGCGGCGACGGCGAAGGAGGGAUGCGCUUUCCUAAACAGGCAGACCCCAGCUAAGCGAGGCCGAGCCUCCGAUCCCACAGCGCCCAAACUCCGCCCUCACAAGUCGCAAUUUGAAUUGCUCUCCGUCGACCAACCCGCCAGCAACCACAUCAAAGGGACAGCACCCCCAGCAGCAGCACAGUCAGAUCUCCCUGUCUGCACUACAUUCCCUUUCAAAAUGGCUGCCAUCAACAAGAUCGCCCACAACUCGCCCUCGAGGCAGAACCCCUCCGAGCUGGAGACCGCGAUCGCGGGUGCUCUCUUCGACUUGGAGAGCAACACACAGGACCUGAAGGCUACUCUCCGGCCUCUGCAGUUCGUGUCUGCUCGUGAGGUCGAGGUCGGCCACGGCAAGAAGGCUGUCAUCGUCUUCGUCCCCGUCCCUCUCCUCCAGGCCUUCCACAAGAUCCAGCAGCGCCUGACCCGCGAACUCGAGAAGAAGUUCUCCGACCGCCACGUCCUCUUCGUCGCUCAGCGCCGCAUCCUCCCCAAGCCCAAGCGCUCCGUCAACUCCCGCACCAACCAGAAGCAGAAGCGCCCCCGUUCCCGCACCCUCACGGCCGUCCACGACGCCAUCCUCGACGACCUCGUCUACCCCGUUGAGAUCGUCGGCAAGCGCACCCGCACCAAGGAGGACGGCUCCAAGACGCUCAAGGUUAUCCUCGACGAGAAGGAGCGUGGUGGUGUUGACCACCGCCUCGACGCCUACGGCGAGGUCUACCGUCGUCUGACGGGUCGUGCUGUCGUUUUCGAGUUCCCCCAGGGUGCCUCUGAGUACUAG